ACUAGACUCUGCUUGCCCUGUCUCCCUGGCUUCAUCGCUCUGACAGGAUCCUGCGUCCAUUUAGAGGAUGCCUUUGAGAGUCAGUAGAUAGCUUGCAGUCACACUUAAAGACUAUCAGUCUAGCAUUGCAGGUCAUUGAUGGAAAUUGUUGUUAAUACUUUAGGGCUCACUUUUGGCAUGAAUUAUUCACAAAACCUCCUGCAUUUUCAGUGCUUUAAAGCAGACAUUUUAUACCCAUUUUACUGUCAUCCCCAUACAGAACCUGUGGUUUUGCAGAUCUUUGUGACCGUAUCACUAAUGGUUCCCCCAAGGUCCGAGCGGCUGUAGAAACCCCAGAAAGCAGCAGCCAUGUUAGCCUGCCUACAGAGACGGCAGCAGAACCUCUCGUCUCAGCGCCUGGUCUGCACCCCCAAGAUCCUGGAUGCUCCGCCACAGCAGCCGCAGCCCAGCACACGAAAAGGUGAGCUGGUCUCCAUGAAUGGCCCUCGGUAUCCGUCCCCUGCAGAGCUGGAUGCCUUUGCCCAGAAGACGGCCAGCAGCCCCCUGUCCAUCAAGAUCUUCCCAUCCAACAUCAGAGUGCCGCAGCACAAGCAGCUCAACAGAACGGUCAACGGCCUGGACACCACAUGCACCCAGCGCUACACUCACUACUCAGGAGGCUACCAGGGCCUACUGGGCAUUGUAAAGGCCUCCGUCUCUGUGGUCAAAGGCGUGCUGAAAAACUCUGAAGGCAAGAGGACUAAACAUUCCCCCGCCCAAACUGCAGUGGCACCAUACAACCUUUUCUAUAACAACAGACACGGGCAGCAGAAGGCCUACCACAUGGGCUCUUGCAAGCAACCUGACGUGCCAAAUGUGUCUGUACCCUCUAAUAUUAUUGUGGCUGCCUCUGUCAUCCCCACCCCAGUAGGGCAGACUCUGGCCCCUCAGUCGGACCUGGGCGUCCAGAGCCUGCUGAGGCAGAUGAACAGACACACACACAGCCAGGCCCUGCAGCAUGGGGGAGGGGCCCAGCCAAGCCCCUCCCUUCAAGCUGUGGCCGCUGUGGCCUGCUCAGAAUCUGGCUUUACCCUGGGAGUAGCGCCCCAGAGCAGUCUGGCAUAUUCGGGGGCCGUGCUGCCCACCCAGAGUGCAGACAUGGCCAAGGCUAGCUACCUGGACAGAGUGGACUAUAGCAUGUGGCAGCACAAACAACAGCAGCAGCACUACCAACAGGGGGCGCUAAGGAUGUACAACAAUGCUCGGAUGGGCAGCGGGGGAGGUGCCGUGGUCAGCCGCUCUCCAGAGACCUGUCUCCCUUUGGCCUGCUCAGCACAGCUUUCCUAUAGGCCCCACCCCCUCAGUGCAGGCACUAACGGGGCAGGAGCAGGGAUUGGGCAGGACCGGGUUAGCUCCUCCCCUCUGAACUGUGCUGCCAUGCAUGGGGAGUUCUCUGUGGGCCAGUACUUCGCCCCUCCCUGGAACAGUGUUCUGGUCACUCCGGACAGCGACUGUUACAACCCUCAGGAGCUGGUGCCUGGCUCCUCUAUGGGCCGGCCCAGAGACAUGGGGCUCUCCCACCCUCACCCAAACCAUCACCCCAACCGUCAGCUCCACCCCCACCCUCACCCCCAGGCCUAUGCCACAGACCAAAGCCUGGGCCUCUGUUGUGGGCUGCCCAGCACCAGCCUGUGCCACGCCUCUGUGCUGAGCAGCAGCCUGCAGUCUCUGGAGUGCCUGAUCAGUGAGAUCCACCCGCCCUGCAUUAAGGAGAGCAUGCUGGGCCGGGGCUAUGAGGCGGUGGGGAUGCCCCGGCUACUAGACCACAACAUACAACACACUCACAUUCAGCUGCCUGUGUUCCGAUAAGACGGGACAUACCCACACAGGGCAUAUACUGUAUAACAGGAAAUAUACUGUAUAACAGGAAAUAUACUGUAUAACAGGAAAUAUACUGUAUAACAGGAAAUAUACUGUAUAACAGGAACUAUGGAUGCAGGUAUGUCAUUUUGAAGCGACCACCUCAGAAUGAGAAAUGUACAAUACCUUUUAUUUAGUGUGUGCGUGCGUGUGCGUGUGUGUGUGGUAGAGGGCUAUAUGGUUCGGAUGUGACCAAGUGUUUUAAACCUUAAAAGGGUAAUGAUAAUCAUGACUGACGUAAAGGGUAAUCUCAUUUGACAUCUUAAUGUUUUCAUUUCGGAGGGUUUGUUAAGCAAUCAUCUUAUCAGUUCACAUCUUCUGGAUAUUUCUCAGACGAUUCCAGUGCUGUGCACUAAGUCAGAAUCAUGUUUUUGGAUUUUUCCAUCUGUCCAUUGUUUAAUUUUGAAACCAUUUCAAAUGUUGUAAAUUCAAGUAUGGCAAAAAGGUGACGUGCAGGCAAUCUUCCUAAUGCCCUUUACAAAGUGCCAAACUGGAAAAUGUUAUACUUGGGGGAUACAAGGGCACAGCUCCAGGACUCAAGACUGCUUUAACCCUUACGCUUAACUGACCAAUAAGGAUCACUGAUUAUAAUGCACUGCUGUAAGAAUGGCAAAGCAUAGGUUGAUUUAGACAUGGUGAAAGGUGUCUGAGAUCUGUUAUUUAAAAGAAAACUUGAAUCUUUUUUGUUUUUGUUGUUGCCAUCACCAUUCAUGUUUGAUCAUUUAAUUUAUUGGAAUGACAGAGAAUAAUGUUUUACCCAAAACAACACUGAGACAUUGAGGACAGGAUGUGCCAUUUGAUUAUCUAAUUUGUUCACAUUUUGGUAUUUUCUUAGCUUUGGUUGACAUUCAUCCUUCAUCAUUUAGGUCUGAAUGACAAAAAUGCUACCUUAAUCAACAAGAGUCCCUCAGAGAGUUUCUCGGUGACAGGAGAACUGUGUUUUCAGCCUGAAAGCAUGACUAUCAAAUUCAAUGGAAGAUCAUUGAUUUACGAAUUAGUCGAGUUCACUGGAUAGGUGUCCCUGUUUUCACAAUCACUGGAUACACUGGAGAACAGGUAUUCCUUAUCUAUUCACUGCUUUUCUGUCAGUGUUUUCUUUCUAAAGAUUAGUUGUAUGUUCUUUGUAGAGUUUUAUUUGAUGGCCUGAGAAGUAUGGCUAUAUAAAGAAUAUCUUUAUAUGUCAGCACUGUCAAAGAUCAUUACUUUUUAUUUUCUUCAACCAGUCAGUCAGGAUUCUGUUGGUUAACAAUAUAAGUAACCGUCUCAAUGACUAUGAAGUGCAAUUAUAAUAUUGAACAGUGAGCCCUCUACAAACAUGUUGAAAUGACUACAUUUACAUGAGUACAUGUAUGACCCCAGACUCCCAUACCCAAUCCCCUAUUCUUAAUUAAGAUUGUCAAAUAAAAAAUAAAAAAUAUAAACCCAG